AUGAGAGAUGUAUUCGAGUCGUCAGAGAUGUUUGCCUCGAAAUCCGUGAAUGCCUUGAAGCUUAUGUACCAAAAAUGUAUGGACAAGAAGGAACUAACUAAGAUCGGCUCCAAACGAUUACUGCAAACGAUAAGGAGAUAUGGGGUAUGGCCGAUGAUAGAUGGCGAUGACAAGUUUCAAGCUGACUACUUUGAUUUGACGUCGCUGAUGAUUCAUGUGACUGGAUUCAGAGAAGUGGACGUCUUUGUGGCUCAGAAAGUUACGCUUGACAACAAAAAUGUCUCAAGAAGACUCUUCCAGUUCGAUCAAGCGGAUCUUGGUCUGGGAGAGUCGACCCGUGAUUACUACUUGGAUCGGGUCAAGCAUGGCAAAAAAAUCGAAGCCUACAGACAGUUGCUUAUAGACAAGGUGAGAUUGAUCAACGAGUAUGACAAUCGUACUUCCAAUGAUGCGAAAAUUGUGAAGGAUGUGGACGAGAUCAUUGAUUUUGAAACAGAAAUCGCAAAAAUCAUGGUAGCCGAGGAAGACCGCCGAAACUCUUCUGAAAUGUACAAUCUUAGGCGCCUCAGUGAUUUUCAGAAGCUCAUGCCUGUGGUUAACUGGACCAGAUAUUUUCAUUCCGUGGCACCCUCCUCUGUUCUUAAAUACUUUGAAGCCGAUCCUGAUGUCCUCAUAAAGCAGAUAGAUUAUAUUGGAAGAUUGCAAUAUGCUACUGGAGCCAUUUAUGUUAGCAAGGCAUAUGACAAGGCUUCAAAAAAUAUAGCAUUGAACAUGGUGAGCGAUUUGAAUGAAGUGUUCAAUGAAAUGCUUGUCGAGAACGAUUGGAUGGACAAUGCUACAAAAAAUGCUGCUUUUGAGAAGGCAAACGCGAUGCUGAGACAAAUCGCUUAUCCAGACUUCAUUCUCGACAGCAAGAAACUUGACGAUUAUUACAGAGGCUUUUCUGUUGGCGAAACCGAUUCGUACAGUCAAAUGAUAGAGAAGCUAUCACGAUGGAGAAUCGAAUGUGAAUUCAAGCGUCUUAUCAAGCCCGUUGAUCGAACCGAGUAUGAUUUUAACCCUGCAGACGUUGAUGCUUACUACUCGCACGACUUCAACUCAAUAAAUGACUCCCUUAAAGAUUAUUUUUCAGAAAUUCCAGCUGCUAUUCUGCAGGCUCCUUUCUUCCAUCCAACAUUUCCAAGAGCGCUCAAUUACGGUGGAAUUGGAGUUGCAAUUGGACAUGAAAUCACUCACGGAUUUGACGACCACGGUCGGCAAUUCGAUUCCGAUGGUAACCUUCGCGACUGGUGGGACGCAGAUGUAAAGAAGAAGUUCAUAGAACGAGCCCAAUGUGCCAGGCACUGGCCUGAAUGUUAA